GCAGAGCGCUGGCGGCGGGGGCAAGCAGUCGCAUCGUGACCGCGCGUCGCAUUGCAUGUGCGUUCGGUUUCCGCGCGCCGAUUUCGCCGCGAACACGGCCGAAUACGAACCACCAGCCAUGGUGUCCGUGGGCGCGUGGAGACGCCACGUGCCCGACGACUGCGAAGAACGCUCAGAGCCUGGCGCUUCCAGCUCGGGUGUGCCGCGUGCGCCUCCCAACUGUGCCCGUUGUCGUAACCACCGGCUCAAGAUCGAGCUGAAGGGUCACAAACGCUAUUGCAAAUACCGCUACUGCACUUGCGAGAAGUGCCGCCUCACCGCCGACCGGCAGCGCGUCAUGGCAAUGCAGACCGCAAUGAGACGAGCCCAGGCGCAGGACGAAGCGCGCGCGCGGGCCAUCGAGUCCGGCAUACAGCCGCCCGGCCUGGAGCUGGACCGGCCAGAGCCGCCGAUCGUGAAGGCGCCGCGCAGUCCGGCGGUGCCGCCGCAGCCACCGCCGCGCUCCUUGGACUCGCCCAGCUGCGACUCGGUGCCGGACUCCCCCGGCGUGUCACCGUACGCGCCGCCGCCGCCCUCAGCACCGCCGCAGCCAGCGAUUCCGCCGCUCAUGCCGCCUCAGCAACCUGCAGUCUCGCUAGAGUCGCUCGUCGAGAACUGUCAUAAACUCCUGGAGAAGUUCGGCUACGCGUGGGAGAUGAUGCCCCUCGUCCUGGUCAUCCUCAACUACGCGGGCAGCGACCUAGACGAGGCCUCCAGGAAGAUUAACGAAGCUCACUGGGUAGUGCACCAAUGGAGGCUGUACGAGCGAUCGCUGUGCUCGCUGCUGGAGCUGCAGGCGCGCAAGGGCUCGUAUUCCAUGUGCUGCUCGCCGCGGUACGUGCUCGCACCGGAGUACGCGCCCCACCUCCUGCCCAUCCCGCUCACCACACAGCGCGCUUCACCGCCGCCCGCGCAUUUGUAGCGAUGCGAACAUGCGCCGGCACAGACGGCGCGAGAACCCACCGAGCCAGCGGCGUCGGCGUCAACGUCAGCGGGCCCCAGCGAGCGCCGUGAGCCCAGCGGUGGGCAUACCAGUGUACCGAACUGAGCAGUGAGCACCUGUGUUAGAUCUGUAAGACGUUACGUAUAUGUGUAGACACAGAGAUGGUACCUUAUUGUAUUGUUUCACGGUUGGCGCGGUUGUGUUGUUGUGAUUUAGUUGUUUACGUAAUGGUGUAGUUAUCAGUUAGUGUCACAUUGUCAUUUCAUCAUACCUCAACUAAGAACGAGUUUAUAAUUAGUUCAAUAUCUUGACAUACCCCAAUUAAGAACGAGGAUUGCUUCACUUACGAUUAAGUAGUUUUAUUUUUUAAUAACAAGUUAUUUUUUUCCGGACCCUUUUUGCUUAGAUAAAAAGUCUAUAGUAUUCAGGAGUAAUGUAGCUUCUUGUUAGAGGAAGAAUUUUCGAAAUGGGUUCAGUAGUUCCAGAGAUUAGCCCGUACAACCAAACAAACUCCCAAGCUUUUCCGCCUUAUUUUAGUAUAGAUGUAUAAUAAAUAUACAUCGAUACUGUAUAUAUAUGAAUUCAUAUUCGUAGUAUUUAUUUGCUAUGUUUGCGAACUCGAAAUAAAUGAACGCUAGACCACUUUUGAUAUAAUUAAGAGACCAAAAAAGGUUUCCAAAAGCACAUUGUUCACAUUUAGUUUUCUCUCUUUAAGUAGGAUUCUUUAUAAUUUUUUAUGUCCAUUUACAAACAACAGAUCACAAAUACACAAACGCGCCAUUUUUAUUUCUUUAUACAUGUAAUUACACUACUUGAUAUUCAUAAUGAAACACGUAAGACCAUUAGAUAAUGGAUUAACCCAAUUCCUCAUUCAUUGUGGUUAUUUCUUAUAUAUAAAAGCCGUUCCAUUUCUAUAAUUCGACGUUUUAGAAUAAUAUUUGAUAAAUGUAUUUUAAAUUGUCUUUGUAUGGACGCAGCACUUUAUUUAUAAUAUACCAGGAUUGUAACAAAUUAUUUUCUUAAUCAACUUUUUCGUGGCAAUUGGCGGUUGUAUUGUUUUAACAAUUUGAUAGUUUAGGUCAUUGAUUCCCAAAGCUGUCCAGGUGAACUCCCAUUCAUCCACGAAAGACUCGACGGGGGUCUACGUUAGCAUGAUCAAAAAAUAGGGUUCACAAUUCGGAAGCGGGGGUCCACGAAAAUGUAUCUAGUUUUGAUAGAAAAGAACUAAAAUGUUAGCUUCACUUCACCUGUCAAUGUAGGCAGAUAAGAUAGAUAGGGGUCGUAAGGCACGGUGACCCCAACACUACUGUCAAAACGCCCCGGGCGGUAGUAGUAAUGCUCUUUCUGCGCUAAACCAAAAAAAGAGCCACAGGUACCAGGAGAGUUUUUAAAGCGGUCUAUAAGAAAAAAAGUUUGGGAACCUCUAGUUUAGACAAAUGGUCACUGAUUUGUAUUUUUAAACGGCUGUUAUAAACGUAUAGGAAAACAUAUAAGUGUUUAUAAUUCUGCACCAAAUAAAGGACAUGUCCGCAGUUAAAGUUUUAGUAAUGUUAGUUGAUUUAGUAACACUCAAAACUAAACCACACUGAUAAUUACAAGAUCUGUAUUGAUACUUCAAAAAGUAUUUGAUAAUGUAUUUUAUCACUUUGUUAUUUAAAAAUUCUCUAUAAAAUUUCAGAAUUGAAUGUUCACGAAUUUGGUCAAUAUUAUCAUUUCACAAAACUUUCCUUUAUCCCUACUUACUAGCUUCGAAAAGUAUUCCAAUUUUAAAAAGUUUUUUAACGGUUCUCUUUUUGUUUUUCAAUUCUAAAUCAUCACCCAUGUUUUUAAGCCAGUCCCUUUCUGGCCGCCAGUUUCGUUCAAUUUAUCUUAAAGCCAGCAAAAAAGCAAUAUAUUUGGAUCGUCUGGGGCAGUACCAUUAAUCACUGUGGGGUAUAAAUAAAUCAAAUAGAGGGUAGCGUCGGACGCAGGCGUCGGGCGGGGCAAAUGAAGCGCCGCCCCUUACAGCUUAGGUAUCUUCUAUCUUUUAUGUAAGUAUAAAGUUAUGUUAGGGUCCUGUACAACCCUCUCAUCUAACUACGAAUUAAAUGCGGCAAUACUUAGAAACAAUCUAUUUUCGCCAAUAGAUUCAAGAAAUAACUACAUUGUGAACACAAAUUUUGUCCGACUCCGCUAUUAUUUAUUAUAUUUGUUAAUAUUAGGUACAGAACCAAAACAUGGCGAUAUAUUUUAGACCGACCAACUACGCGGUAAAAAGUGUGAAUAACAAGCGACCAUAAGUGACCAUUUGUCAAUCAGUUCAACGUUUGUCACCGGAUGUCACAAUUUGAGAGCUAAGUAUCAGAACAAAAUAUUAUUGUCAUUUCCAAAUCUAGUGCGAACUGGUUCUUCAAACUAAUAUCAGUCCAACUAGCUCUUUAAGGCAUCUAUCAAACAUUAGGUCUAAAAUUAACCAUAUUAUGAUCUUUCAUACUUAAUUCAAAUUUCGAAAAAUCAAAUAAAUAUAUCUUCAUUUAUUUUGUAUGUGUUCGAGAUUUGAAAAUGUUGCUGAUAUUUAUAUUUUCAAUAAUAAAUCUUAUAGUUAUACGGAAGUAAAAACAAUUUAAAAUGUAAUUCCAAAGGCUCAAUGGAGUUGUAUAAUUUGCAUUCCAUGAUUUUAAAAUAAGAAUAUUUUGGCUAAUAAGAAUUGGAUAUUUGAUAAGUUUGAAAAUCGAUAAUGAAUUUUUGAGAAGACAAUUUGCUAGUCAAAGGAAAAUCAUAAUUGUAGGUUGAUAAAAUUAUUUAAAAUAUUUACUUAAAUACGGCCAGUGUUAACUCUGUAAAGCUAAAAAAAUAUUGAAUGCUUUAAAUUUAUUUAAAAAAUGAAUUGUCAAAAACCUUUUUAUAUGGUAACUUUUAUACAUUAGAAUGGGCAAAGGCAUAGUUAAGCAAGGCCAUACAGACCCACGUAAUGUCUCUGUACUCUAAAAUAUAUGGUAUGAAUAAGAUCAACGUUUUUUGGUGGAGUUUAAGCGGCAGUUUAUUUUUGUAUUUAUGUAUUAAAAAAAAAUUGUGUCUUUGUGUGAAUUAAAUAAAAAUAAUAACUUUGAAAAAUUAUUGAUAGAUAUCAGUAAUCAUGCGAUAUUAACUACUUCUAGUUAUUUUUAAAUAUUAUAAAUAACUACAAGACAUUAUAUAAAUCACAGUAUCUUCAUUUUCGUACAUGUAAAUCAAUUUUCUACAAACAAGCACAAACUUUACAUUAUAUUUAAUAAAAAUAACUAAAUAUGCCAGUCGAGAGCAGACAUUUAAGUUAAUCGAAUUCCCACCAAAACUCCAAUUUUUUUUCAACAAUAGCGCACGGUAUAAACCCAUUCGUCCACAUGCCUAAUUCGAUUUCGUCCUAUACCGUCUUAUAUCAUCACAAAAAUCACGACCGUCGAAUGUUUAGAUUGUAAUUUUACAUUUUUAUGAUGUACUAUGUCACUAAUUAAAUUACGGCAUGUAAAUAUUUGUAUAUAAUUAUGCGAUAAAAACGAUGUUGGGAUAUUACGGAUUUAAUUCCAUAUUACAAUAGAGGGCGCGAGUGUAGAAUAAUUCUAAGCAUACGAGGAAAACUUCAUAAUUAAACGAUAUUACACUGAUAGCGAUCGUAAUAGUUUCGAAAGUAUGCAUUAAGAUAGCAAAAUAUUUAAAACGUGCCCUCUGGCACAAUCAAUUUUAUUACCCGCAUGCUUAUUCUGUAUUUUUACAUAACUUCAUGUUCCAUUGCGGCUAUAAUGGCUAAUUAAAUAUAAAGUAAAGGUAAGCAGGAUGAUCUUAGUUAACAUUGAAUAUCGCGUCCUCUCUGUAUUAAUUUUAGGUACAAUAAACUUCAACUGGAGUGGUUACCUGGAACCUGUUACGAAUUUUAAUUCAUGUUUUGAUUAAAUAAAAAUGUGAAUUCAUUUGUUAAUAGCAUCGUAAGAACUGAUGUAGUUUUCAUCUUAUUUGUAUUAUAUUUUAUAGUUGUAAAUUGUGAUUGGAUCCUAGUAAUUUUUAAGAUCUUGUAAUUAGUUAUAAGUUAGAUGUAACAUCAUUAAUUAUUUAUGAUUAUUGUUGUAAUAGGUGAAGAUAUCGCUGGAUGCAGAUAGCAUGACUCGUUUUGAAUGUCUGAAUUAUAUUUUCAGAUAAAAAUUCUCAAUACUGGAAUUAGCUGAUAAAUAUUGUGUUUACAACGAAGUAGUGCCUGUAUCCAGCCUAAGUUAAUUUCUGCCCAACAAGUUGGGUCAUGUUUUGUGAUAUAAAAUUUCAAAUAUUGAAAUACAUUAAUAUAAUUCUUGUCUAAUUCGUGAGUCCAUUAAGAUUUUUUAGUAGAAACGAAAUUGUAGAUUUUCUAACAUUAAACAAAAGCCAAAGUUAAUCUAGCUGCUUUCGUUAAAUAAUAAACAAAAGGACCCAUCCCAAUCGUCCGUAAUUUUUGGUGCUUGUGUCACAAUCUUCCUACAAAAUAUACAUUUUUUCUCUUCUGUAUAGUAAUUAGGGAGUCAGUUACAGCACAGUUAUUGUUAAGAGAACAGUCCAUCACAGUAGAAUAGUGAACAAACUUUAAAUAACAUUGUUUUAUGUAGGUUUAAGUGGAAUAUUCGUCGUCACGAAUGGUGUUUUGGGUUGAAAAUUUAUGUAGCGACAUCUAUAUUUACAACUUUGAUAAAUCAGGAAGCAUAAGAUUUAUUUAAAAAAAAAAAAUAAUAAAAUUAAAAAUUUAAUACAAUCUUUUAUACAAAUUAUUGGUUCCGUUAAAUUUUGUCAUUUUUAUUUGUAUAUAAAUCUGUAAAGUGAUGCUCGCUGGUUUAUUCAUAGUGAACGUGAUACCUAAUCUGUUUCUUGUCAAAUAAACGAUUUUGAUCAUCGUUUA